GCAUGCGCGCGAUAGGCGCGCCAGCGAAUGGCACCAUUCCGGGAGAUGCUGCCGCUGACCCGGCUCUGGCUCCGGUGGCGGCGACCUUCGGUGGCGGGGGUCCCGGGGAAGAACCUUGGUGUCCGAAAGGUCGCCUCUGGCGUCUCUCCCCCGGGCAGCGCCUCGCCCAGAGCCCUAAAUAUCUUCGAUCGCGAUUUGAAGAGGAAACAGAAGAACUGGGCGGCCCGGCAGCCCGAGCCUAUGAAGUUUGAGUACCUGAAGGAGGAGGUUGGAAGUCGGAUUGCGGACCGGAUAUAUGACAUAGCCAGAGAUUUUCCCCUUGCUUUGGACGUCGGUUGUGGAAGAGGUUACAUAGCACAAAAUUUGAAUAAGGAAACUGUUGGAAAGUUUUUCCAAGCGGACAUAGCAGAAAAUGCUUUGAAAAAUACCUUAGAAACAGAAAUUCCUACUGUCACUGUUUUAGCUGAUGAAGAAUUUCUUCCUUUCAGAGAAAAUACAUUUGACCUGGUGGUUAGCAGUUUAAGUUUGCACUGGGUGAAUGACCUUCCUCGAGCACUUGAACAGAUUCAUUAUGUUUUAAAACCAGAUGGAGUUUUUAUUGGUGCGAUGUUUGGAGGCGACACCCUCUAUGAACUUCGGUGUUCAUUACAGUUAGCAGAAACGGAAAGGGAAGGAGGAUUUUCUCCACACAUUUCUCCUUUCACUGCUGUCAAUGACCUCGGACAUCUGCUCGGGAGAGCUGGCUUUAAUACACUGACUGUGGACACUGAUGAAAUUCAAGUUAACUAUCCUGGAAUGUUUGAAUUGAUGCAAGAUUUACAAGGAAUGGGUGAGAGUAACUGUGCCUGGAAUAGAAAAGCUCUCCUGCACCGAGACACGAUGCUGGCGGCUGCAGCGGUGUACCAAGAAAUGUACAGAAAUGAGGAUGGUUCAGUGCCUGCCACAUAUCAGAUCUAUUAUAUGAUAGGAUGGAAAUAUCAUGAUUCACAGGCAAGACCAGCUGAAAGAGGUUCUGCAACUGUGUCAUUUGGAGAGCUCGGAAAAAUAAACAAUCUUAUACCACAGGGGAAAAAGUCACAAUAAAUAUUCUAUUCAAUGUUAA